AUGUUCCACCUCUUCUCGCACUGCUGGUCCCGGCUGCAGGCCGUGCGGGAGCCCGUCAGGAAGGUGACCCUCCUUGUCGUGGGCCUGGACAACGCGGGCAAAACCACCCUGGUCAUGGACCUCCAGAGAGCGCUGGCCGGCGAGGCGCUGCCCGCGGCGAAGCCCAGCCAGACCCAGCUCCGGGUGGACCGGUUUGAGGUGACGCUGGUGGACCUGCCCGGGGGGCAGCGGUCUCGCGGCGCCUGGCGCAACCACUACGGCACUGCCCACGGGCUGCUCUUCGUCCUGGACGCCAGCGACCUGGCGCGCGUGGAGGAGGCCAGGAAAGUCUUGGCCCGCGUCCUGAGCCAUCCCAACGUCUCCGGGAAGCCCCUCUUGCUGCUGGCCAACAAGCAGGACGCGGCGGACGCGCUGCUGCCCUGCGAGCUCAUCGAGCGCCUCUCGCUGGAGCAGCUGGCCAACGCCAACGAGUCGCCGUGCCGCGUGGAGCCGUGCGCGGCCGCCGCGCGGGGCCCGAGCCGCGGCGCCCUGCCGGGGCUGCGCUGGCUGCUGCGGGCCGCGGACGCCGACUACGAGGCCCUGAGCGCCCGCGUCCGGCAGCCCGGGCAGGGCGCGAAGAAGAAGAAGAGGAAGAAGACCAGAAAUAAAGUCAAGUCACAGGAGUCUGCCCUGGAGCAGCAGUGUGAGGCGGUCUCAAGCACUUUUGACCUGUACCGACGGGUGAUGCUGGCUCUGAAGAUGAGGCAGGAGCAGAGGAAGCAGCCGGCUGCCAUCGCCCCCUGA